AUGAAUCUGAUAACAAUAUUAAUCUAUAUUAUUCUUUUAUGUGGUUCUAAUGUUGAAUUAAGUUUAUUUAAAACAAAUUUUCAUUUUUAUGUCCAAAAUGUAGCAAGUAUAUUUCAUUCAAAUUGGCGUGAAAAUUUUCUUAAAAAAAAUCCAUUUGCUAAAAAUCGUUUUAAAUUAACAAAAUCUCUUACACAUUAUAAUUCAUCUGAUUUUAUUUAUCCAAUGAUUCUUACUGUUGGUUCAUGUCUUGUUCAUCGAAAUUUUAAAGUAGCUCAAAAUCGUUAUAAUUCUUCACUUAUUUAUGUUGAUAUAUUAAAUAUGAAUUAUAAUGAAUUACCUCCCGAUUGGGCAUUAGAAAAUCGAGCAACAGCACAAAUUGCUUGUAAAUAUGUUAUACAAGGUCUUCGGAAGAAAAAAUUAUUUAAUCAAAAUUUUAUUGAAAAAGUCUCGGCAAUAAUACAUAAUGAAUGGAUGAAACGUAAUGGAGAAUAUGCAUCAAAAGAUUUAAUGGUACCUUAUAUGAAUUUAACUGAAAUAGAAAAAGAUAAAGAUCGAAAAGCUAUUUUAAUUGCAUGUCGUAUAUAUAAUGAACUUUAUUUAUAUCAUAAAUUUAAUACAACUCCAGUUGCUUUUGUUGGAUAUAUUAAUCAAUUGAAUUAA